ACCGCUUGAAAAGAGGGUGGUUGUUCAUGGGACACAGUCCGUCUAUCACAACUAUGAGUGUUAAUUUCUGAACUGUGAUUUAAAAAAAAACUCCACAGCACUGUCAUUCAGUCGACAGUCCCGGGAUUUUAUCCCCUGGAUUCACAGUAUCAGGCCAUUAACUCGUUGUGUUUUGUAUCUCCUGUGCUCUGAUAGUAAAUUUAACAGUGCCGCCGGAAAUAAUGUGAUAAAACGUAUUCGCGAUAUCUCUCCACGCAAGACACCAACGGUCACAUUCGCGAGACAAAACGCUUCGUGAUGCUGCUAAUACGUUACAAGUUGGAGCUGUUGAGCUUUGAGUUUGCGUAAUAGAUCUGAUUUAUGAUCUAGUCACAUCCACAUGUAAACUGAGGAUUAUGGAGAAUCGACGAUCAUCCCUCGAUUAUUAUUAAAUCAAAGCAUUUUUUUUUUUAUAUAUUCGGUUAGUGUUUAUUUUUUGUUCUCAUCUGUUCUGCCUCCCGUGUCUCUAAAAAUAAGAGAGUUUACAGUCGGUGCGUCAGUGAAAUUAGCAACAAAGUGCCUUUGUGAGACAAUAAUAAUAAUAGUAAUUGCUGAUAGGAGUACGCGAACGUGUAAUAUUUGCAAUUGGUUAUGUUGUCGUUUUAAUUGUCAUUUUACUCAGCAUUUAACAGCGACGGAUAUCAUUUUUUGUACAUCAAAAUAUCGUGAUGUUUGAAUAGUGAAGUUUAGCAUGAGAUAUUUGUUGAGUAGUGCGUGUAUAUAUUUAAAAAAAAUAAAAAUACAUAAAUGCAUAAAUUAAGGUUACCUGUCAAGGUUGAAUUGCCCUCGGCGUUAACAAGGUAUGGAGAAGCCUAAUGAACAGGAUGGUAUUGGAUCACAAGGCGAUAACAUUGCACAGUGAUUACGGAAGUUUCGAUAGACCAUUGGCUAACGGUGAGGGACACGAAAAGGACGUUGAGGCAGCUGUUGAUGGGAGUACUAGUGGAAUGGCACAAUCUAGUGACGUUUAUCAAAGGCAACCAUUACUUCCUGGUGCACCAACUAAAGGAAAAGACAGGUGGGGCGGUGUUGGCUCGAAUUCAGAUUAUUAUGAAGAGGAUGAAAAUGAUAAAAUAGAUAGCAUUGGACAUCCUCGGGCAGGUUUGGAGAAUGGCAGCGGUAUUGUCAAGUUGGAUAUUCCCGCACCACUUCGAGAGGAACCAAGAUUUCCCAAAGAGAAAUGGAAAACUCUCAUUGCAUUCCUCUUUUUGGUUUUCAACUUUAUCCUCACAACAACAUCCCUUGCCAUGGUACAUGAUCGAGUACCAGACAGAAACAUUUAUGGUCCAUUACCUGAUAUUGUUCUGGAUAAUAUUGAUGCACAAGAUUGGGCGCUCACUGUGUCUGAAAUUCUCAUAGUUAUUGGAUCAAAUUCAGCUAUGCUUCUUAUUAUCUUUCACAAACACCGAUUCAUCGUAGUGAGACGGAUAUUUUUGGUUAUGGGAUUGCUGUACAUGAUGAGAAGCAUCACAUUCUUCGUAACAGCCUUACCAAUGUCUAGUAAAACAUACUACUGUAGUGAUAAAGCGAAUCAUACGACUCCUCUGAUUAUCACAAAACGCGUUCUCCAACUGAUGUCUGGUUUUGGUCUUGUGAUAAACGGAAAGCAUACGUACUGUGGUGACCUUAUUUUCAGUGGACAUACAGUUAUCCUCGUACUUUGCUACCUGAUUAUAAAGGAAUACUCACCUAAGCGGUGUCAACCGAUCCACUGGCUCGUUGGAAUAACAUCUUUCAUUGGAGUUAUUAUGAUUUUAGUCGCUCAUGGACACUAUACUGUUGACGUUAUUAUAGCUUACUGGGUCACUACGAGACUGUGGUAUAUUUACCAUACUAUGGCUAACAAUGUACAAUUGAAGCAAUACGGACCAAACAACUAUUUGGCGAGACUCUGGUGGUUUCCUCUGUUCAAGUAUUUCGAGAAAAACGUAGGUGGAGUUGUACCACGACAAUACGACUGGCCUCUCCCUUGGCCUCGAAGGUUUCUUGCCAAGCAUCCCAAUCGGGAUAGUUAAUACUCGUCCCAGCUCUACAAUAGGACACUUGUCCCCGGUUCUAUGUGAAUUUGUAUAUUAGAUAUGGUAAAUACAUGGACAAAAAAUUAACGCGGAAUGACGGGCAUCUCUGAGAGUGAAGAGAGUCUGUUGUUCACAGCUGAAAGCCAUUACACUUGUAGAAAAACAAUAGUUUCAAAGGCAACUGCGCAUCUCAUCGUUUCUGUGUACAUCUGCUCGAUCUACCGAAAUUCCCGAUUUUUUUCGUUUGCCAAAGCAUCUGGACUGAAAAUCAGUCAAAUUUAAUAUUCUUUACGUGUUUACACACGAUAUUGACAUAUUCAUGAGUUCUUUAGGAUAUUUUUCCAUUCAUAUUGGAAAAUUUAUUUGACUAGUAGUAACUAAUAAGUUGAGGGUAAAAAUAUAGUGUUAAAUGCAAUUGAAAUUAAAUGAUCUGGGUACACCAAUAAGAAAAUUCAUUAGCUUUUUGUUAUGCUCUAUUGAGUAUUUGUGAUAAAAUUUUCGUAACUUCGGCCUCUGAAAGUCCUCUGUUUUUACAAUUAUAAAUGAGGAAAGUUUUUUUUAUACAGAUAGCAAAAGGAUGUGAUUAGUAGAUCGUGGAAUUUCGUGGGACCAAAAAGAAAAAAAAAUUAACAUACUGAAGCACUGUAAUUUAAAGGAAAUCAUGCAUCAAUGGAAUUAGAAAAAAAUGAUAAAAUAUAUGCAAUAAAUUAGACACAGGUUGUCCUAGAUGCUUGACAAAUGCUUAGAGGUAUUUGAAAUCGAUGUCAAUCUCACAAACUCGUUCUUUGUCAAUGUCUUUCAAAGUCCUUGUUACCUGAUGGUUGAACGAUAGGGAAACCUCAAGGGGAUUCUAUCGUCUACUUCAAACUACUUCAACUAUAUUAGAUCAGAAAAAAAUGAAUAGAAAGAAAUGACAGUAAAUUAUAAAAUUCUUUCUCCGUCGUUAUGUUCUAGUUUGUUUAAUCGCGGGGAGAAGAAACUUGCCACACGUCAUUUCGGUAAAAAAAAUGGAAAUUAUACUCUUUUGAGAUGCACAAGAGACAAACAAUGUGAAAUUCCAAUUACAAUUGAUAAAAGAUACAAACAAAAUUUCUAAAAUUUAUAUACAGACUGGAAGGUAGGAGAAUUGGCCCUAACAAUUAUUUUCCCACCGAUUGUAAGGCGGGGUGGGACAGAAUGGGUCUUUAUUUAGGCGCACUGCGAGGAGAGGGAAUUAUACUUUCUAAAGAAGAAAAAAAUAUCAUGUAAUCAGAAUUUUGAUGAGUGCUUGAGUUUAAAAAAAGUACCUGUCUUGGCCCACUCCCUCCUAGAGUACUAAUCCGAGACCAUAACUAGCACAACUCAUAAUGUCCCGGUUACUUGAAUACCUCCUCCAGAAUAAAAAAAAAUCUAUACAUGUGUAAUGAUUUUAAGUAUAUAUUUUUCAUAAAUUGACUACAUGAGGUUCAUGAAAAAUUACAUAGGAGUCCAACCUUGGACCGACUUCAUUAUCCAACGCCAAUAAUGGAAACAUAAUGUUGCUUAACUAUUUACGUUAAUUAUACACAAAUUCUGUACAUAGUCCUUUUGAAAAAAAAAAACAAUAGAAAAAUUUAUAUUAGGUUUACGUCAUAAGCUUAGUUGGAGAUACCCGCACUAUACUCUAUUGUGUACUCAAAUGCAUUCGUUCCUCCCAGAUUGUGAAUUUUAUGGAAUCGUGUGAGAUAUCGUGGUUAAUUGAAUUAUUUAGUACUUUUAGCCGCGGCAGUGUUGAUGAGAGAGUGUGAUGCUUGGUUUGCGAGGUUUUUAUAAACAAUGUGGAGACGGAUUACAUUAAUUACGAAGUAGUGAUAUCACAAGAGAAUAAGAGAAAUGACAUUCUUCUUAUUUUUCAUCCUCAGGACUUUUGAGUAGCUUUUAAACGAAAGACAGAUUUUUCUCUGCUGUAUAUGCUGAGCACGAGGACUUCUGCCUCGUCUUCUUUUGUGGCAUCACUUCUCUGAAGGGGGUUUUACGUAAAACACCUUUCGACGAUGACGCUUUAACUAGCGAAAAAUUCGCCAGGAAAGAUUCAGGUUGAGGGAAUUUAGAGGUUUAAAAAUGUUAUUAAAAUUUCAUAUCGACAAUUGCUAAUAAAAUACGGGUAUCUCAGAAAUCUCUAGAAAAUUUAUCUAUCUGGUUUUUCCGGAGAAAACUUGCUUGACUCAAGCUAAAUUAAAAGUAACCUGUUUUCGUCGACACUGAUUAAAUUCACCGAUUCAGUCGACUUAUUGUGAAUCAAUAAAAUGAAUGGGACGAACGAGUUGAGGGUUUGCAUGAACGAUUCAGAGGAAGAAUUGAGUGGGUAGGUCAUCAAUUCAGGAUUCAUCAACGGGAAAAUGUAAAUUAUCUCUCGUAACGAUUCAGUGGACCUUUUGCAUGGAUUUAUAUUGAAUUAUAUCUCUCAGAAUUAAAAGAUGGAUACAGGGAAAGGAAAUUGAGAGCGGGAGUAAUGAUAUCCAUAAAUUAUAGUUAAUCGUAAAUUUUUAAGUUGGUAAUUACUCAUAUCACUUAAAAUUUUUUAAGUAUAAUGGUGCUCAUCAAUUUAAAUAUUCAAAUUCUGAAGUAUUCAAUGAAUCAAUGCUUUAGUUCAGGAAAUUGUUUGCCUGAUCCAAAAUUUCUUCCAGGAAAUUUAUACUAUUUGAUUAAUGAAAAAUUCGUAGCUGUUUACAUGUAAUUAUUUCAUUUAUCAUCAAUGGAAAAUUUAGAUUAUCAGUUAUUCUACUGCUUCUAAAUUUUGCCGAGUAUAUGAACUGCAUGCAAUGAAUCUUGUAGACCCAUUGACUCGGUAUUUAAUCAGAGUAUCUGAGCGUAGUUUUUUUUUAUUUCGCCUGAGUCGCAUGAGUUUUCUCGGAAAAAUUACGAUUGACGAGUUUUAUAGGGAAUGCUGAGAGACCUUUGUUUUAAUAAUGAAAAAGAAGUAUCGUGAUUUUAUUAAUGAGUGUAUGAAGGGAAGGGAAGGGAAGGAUUCUCCAACCCUCGAGAAAUCUUUGAAUGAAAUUUUUCGCUGACGAAUAUUCCGUCGAUUUCAGCUUUGUCAUUCAAUAAAUAUAAAGCGAGUUAUACACUGAUAUAAAUGUGUUUAUAUACGAUUUAUUAUAUGUAAAAAUAUGGGUGUUACUGUUCUAUACAACACGUUAAGCUUUAAGACGGUAUAUUUAUGCACAUCUGUCGAGCAAUAAAAUGUUGGAGUUACUUUCUCCCAACAUAGGAGCUUCGUUGAUGUUUAAAUGAAUAAAAGAAAAAUAAACAUAAAUAUAGUGAGGAAAUGAAAUGAAGAUAUUUGUAAUCUAUACGAGUACAUCGACGUGUUCUCUCGCGUACGUAUGUUUGUAAGAAAAUAAUAACUAUAUUUUUACGUGUAGAUAUUUUUUUGUAAAAUUGUUACUAUGAUAUGUCUAGAUAUAGAGAAUUUGUUCAUGUUGUACAUAUGACUUGAGUAGCUAAUGAGCUUGGUCAUAAUGCGAUCAUUGUUUUUCAAAAUUCAAGUAACUGAAUCUCUAAGUAACUAUGAUUCUACGUUAUUGUUGAUUUAAAUAGAUUUUUUUAUUGAUAAUUUUUGUAGAGAUGAAAUUACAGAACAACAAUUAUUUUCAAUAACUAAAGAACUCAAGGUAACUUUCGAAAAUUUGGCAAUUAUUGAUACGGUAGUACACAGUGAAUGUUCACAUUCUCAACCUAUUUUUAUCAUUUAUUUUGCAUUGUAAUGCUUAUUGAAAGAUCAGAUGAAAGAAAAAUGUAUAGUUUCUGGAAAUACACUGUUGAAAAAACA